AUGAUUUUUGUCUUUUAUCUUUCUCUUAUUUUGUCUUUUUGUCUUCUUUUGUCUUUUGUGGAAAUUUUUUCUUUUUUCUCUUCUUUUCUCUUUUUUUCUUUUUCUUCUUUUCUUUUUUCUUCUUUUCUCUUCUUUUUCUUUUCUUUUUUCUUUCUUUUCUUUUUUUGUCUUCUUUUGUCUUUUCUUUUUUUGUCUUUCUUUUUUUUUUUUUCUGUCUUUUUGUCUUCUCUUUUCUUUUAUCUUCUUUUGUCUUUGUUUUCUUUUUUCUUCUUUUUUUGUCUUCUUUUCUUUUUUCUUCUUCUUUCUUUUCUCUUCUUUAUUCUUCUUUUUUCUCUUUUUUCUCUUCUUUGUCUUUUUUUUGUCUUUUCUCUUUUUUUGUCUUUUAAUUCUUUCUUCUUUGUUAUUUUUUUCUUUUUUGUUUUUUUUUUUUUUUCUUUUUUUUUUUUUUUUCUUUUUCUUUUCUCUUCUUUUGUCUUCUUUUGUCUUUUCUCUUCUUUUGUCUUUUCUCUUCUUUUCUCUUCUUUUGUCUUUUCUCUUCUUUUUUCUCUUCUUUUUUUUCUUCUUUUCUCUUCUUUUGUCUUUUCUCUUUUGUCUUCUUUUGUCUUUUCUCUUCUUUUGUCUUCUUUUGUCUUUUCUCUUCUUUUGUCUUUUUCUCUUUUUCUUCUUUUGUCUUUUCUCUUCUUUUGUCUUUCUUUUCUCUUCUUUUGUCUUUUGUCUUUUUCUUUUCUCUUCUUUUCUCUUCUUUUGUCUUUUGUCUUCUUUUGUCUUCUUUUGUCUUUUCUCUUCUUUUGUCUUUUCUCUUUUUUCUUCUUCUUUUCUUCUUUUCUUUUCUCUUCUUUUCUCUUCUUUUGUCUUUUCUCUUCUUUUGUCUUUUCUCUUCUUUUGUCUUCUUUCUCUUCUUUUGUCUUCUUUUGUCUUUUCUCUUCUUUUGUCUUUUCUCUUCUUUUCUCUUCUUUUGUCUUUUCUCUUCUUUUGUCUUCUUUCUUCUUUUGUCUUCUUUUGUCUUUUCUCUUCUUUUCUCUUUUCUCUUCUUUUGUCUUUUCUCUUCUUUUGUCUUCUUUUUUCUUUUCUCUUCUUUUGUCUUUUCUCUUCUUUUGUCUUUUUCUUCUUUCUCUUCUUUUGUCUUCUUUUGUCUUUUGUCUUCUUUUGUCUUUACUUUUGUCUUUUCUCUCUUUUUCUUUUUUGUCUUUUUUCUUCUUUUCUCUUCUUUUUUGUCUUUUCUCUCUUUUCUUCUUUUGUCUUUUCUCUUCUUUUCUCUUCUUUUCUCUUUUCUCUUCUUUUGUCUUUUUAUUCUUUGUCUUCUUUGUAUUUUUUCUCUUCUUUUGUCUUUCUCUUCUUUUUUUUUUUUCUUCUUUUCUCUUUUCUCUUCUUAAUUCUUUUUCUCUUCUUUUGUCUUCUUUUGUCUUUUGUCUUCUUUUGUCUUCUUUCUUCUUUUCUCUUCUUUUGUCUUCUUUUCUUUUCUCUUCUUUUGUCUUUUCUCUUCUUUUGUCUUUUCUCUUCUUUUGUCUUCUUUUUGUGUCUUUUGUCUUCUUUUCUUUUGUCUUCUUUUUCUCUUUUCUUUUGUCUUCUGAUGUCUUUUUCUUCUUUUUGUCUUUAUUCUUCUUUUUAUCUUUUCUCUUCUUUUCUUCUUUUUUUGUCUUUUCUUUCUUCUUUUUCUCUUUUCUCUUCUUUUGUCUUUGUUUUCUUUCUUCUUUCUUUUCUCUUUUAUCUUUUUCUCUUUUUUUUUGUCUUCUUUUGUCUUUUCUCUUCUUUUCUCUUCUUUUGUCUUCUUUUGUCUUUUUUUUUCUUUUGUCUUCUUUUGUCUUCUUUUGUCUUUUUUUCUCUUUUCUUUUGUCUUUUCUCUUCUUUUGUCUUUUCUCUUCUUUUGUCUUUUUUUUUUCUUUUGUCUUUUCUCUUCUUUUGUCUUUUCUUUUGUCUUUUCUCUUCUUUUGUCUUUUCUCUUCUUUUGUCUUCUUUUGUCUUUUCUCUUCUUUUCUCUUUUUUGUCUUUAUUUUUUUUUCUUCUUUUCUUUUCUCUUCUUUUGUCUUUUUUUCUUUUGUCUUUUUUCUUUUGUCUUCUUUUUUCUCUUCUUUUGUCUUUUCUCUUCUUUUGUCUUUUGUCUUCUUUUGUCUUUUCUCUUCUUUUGUCUUCUUUUGUCUUUUCUCUUCUUUUGUCUUCUUUUGUCUUUUCUCUUCUUUCUCUUCUUUUGUCUUCUUUUGUCUUUUCUCUUCUUUUGUCUUCUUUUGUCUUUUCUCUUCUUUUGUCUUCUUUUGUCUUUUCUCUUCUUUUGUCUUUCUUCUUUUGUCUUUUCUUUUCUCUUCUUUUGUCUUUUCUCUUCUUUUGUCUUCUUUUGUCUUCUUUUGUCUUUUCUCUUCUUUUGUCUUCUUUUGUCUUCUUCUUUUUUUGUUUUCUUUUUUUUUUCUUUUUCUUUUUCUUCUUUUGUCUUCUUUUUGUCUUUUCUCUUCUUUUUUCUCUUUUUUUGUCUUUUCUCUUCUUUUGUCUUUUCUUCUUCUUUCUUUCUUCUUUUGUCUUUUCUCUUUUUUCUUCAGAAUGUCUUUCUCUUCUUUUUCUUUCUUCUUUUUUUCUUCUUUUGUCUUUUCUCUUUUUUUCUUUUUGUCUUAUUUCUUCUUUUCUUUCUUUUCUUUUCUUUUCUCUUUUUCUUUUUUUCUUUUUUUUUUUCUUCUUUUCUCUUUUGUCUUUUUUUCUUUUUUCUCUUUUUUCUUUUUCUUUUUUCUUUUUUCUUUUUUUUUGUCUUUUCUCUUCUUUUUCUCUUUCUUUUUUCUUUUGUCUCUUUUUUUCUUUUUCUUCUUUUUUUUUUUUUUCUUUUUUCUCUUUCUUCUUUUUUUUUUUUCUUUUGUCUUUUCUUUUUUUUUUUUUCUUUCUUCUUUUUUUUUUUCUUUUCUUUUGUCUUUUUUUUUUUUUUUUCUUUUUUCUUUUUUUCUCUUUCUUUUGUCUUUUUCUCUUUUGUCUUUUUUUUUCUUUUUCUUUUGUCUUUUUUUUUCUUUUUUCUUCCUUCUCUUUUUUUUUUUGUCUUUUUUUUUCUUUUUAUUUUUUUCUCUUUUUUUUUCUUUUUUCUUUUAA